AUGUGGCAUGUGUCCAGCGAAUUACACGACGCUUCUCUGCGCUCCAUGCGCCGAUUAAUGCACUUUUUGUUAUUACUGCCGCCAUGCCCACAUUUGCAUUUAAAGCUGCUGUACACGUUCGGUUUGCUGAUAUAUAUCGUCUUUAUACUAUAUUGGCGAUUCAGCUUCAAUUACAAUGUUGUCUACAAUUUUCGCAAUGACCAUUUCUCGCGCGCCACCGACUUGUUUGCAUUUUCGUUGCUGGCCGUCUCCCAUUGGGUAGUCGCAAUGGAGCUGAUCUGGAGGAAUCGCAGCGAGCGGAUUGAACAGCACCUGGAAAAAAUACGCUAUGUGCUACGUGUACAGUUUGGGCAUAAGGUGAAUCUGGUGCGGAUUCGUCGCUAUUGCCAGAGCCUGCUCCUUCUAUUUGAAGUGUCCUGUGUAUCGCUGUUGGGAAUGGCCAUAUAUAAUAAUCUUGUAACAGAUCUGGUUGUUUUGCUAUUGUAUGCCGUCUACUCGGAAAUGGUGCUCCUAAUGCGAUUCAGUGAGUUUUCUUUGCACGCUGUACUGAUCUUGGUAUUCUAUAUGGAGCUGAAUGAGGUCAGCUUCAGGCUGAUCAUGGAGCUGGACAAGACACAAUUUGAGGUGAAAUCAGUGCGCCGUUUAUCUUUGGAGCGUUUACUUGUUCUUCAACAGUUGCAUGGACAGCUUUGGAAUACAGUGCGCUCAAUUGAAUGCAACUUUGAGCUGAGUCUAGUGACCGUGUUGUUAAAGUUCUUUGUGGAUGCACACAUCUUGCCAUAUUGGAUGUAUGUCAAUAUGCACAAUAAUAUAAAUUUCAUUAUUGUAUUCUAUUGUAUCACUGAAGAACUUUGCAAGCUAUUGGCUAUUAUCGUGUCCUGUUUGAUUUGCACUCGUUGCGGCCGUUUGCAGCGCCAGCUUCGUUCAAUUUAUCAUGGUCUAACCACGGAUCGUAGCAAUGAGCAACUGAAUUUUUAUUUAUAUCGAAUCUCAUCACAACUGGGCCAGGAGCGAUGCCAAUUUAGUGCUGGCGGUUUCUUGGUCAUCAACAAUGAGAUUCUGGGCAAGUUUAUUUUCGGCAUGAUUAGCUAUAUAGUCGUUUGCAUACAAUUUCGCAUAUCCUUAAUUGACAAUAGCCCUGCAGAAGCCAUUGAGAAUUCCGUUACUGAUCUCCAAUUCACCGAAGGCGAAUUCGCUUGA